AUGGCCUCUGUCACUGCAGAGAGCGUUGUGGAAGCGACCCUCAAGUCAUACGCUGCUCUGCCGAAGCAUGGAAAACCCAGCGUCCGCGACAACGGCGUCCCGGAAUGGACAAUCCUCGCCUCCAUCUCGCUCACAUUGCCAGAUGCGUGCUCCUCCACGGCCACCAACGGUACCCAGGUCGUACCCAUAUCCAUAGGAACAGGUGUCAAGGUCCUUCCUGCUGCACGCCUCCCUCCACUGGGCGACACGGUCCACGACUGUCAUGCCGAGGUCCUUGCACGACGAGGAUUCGUGCGGUGGCUCCUGGAUCAAGCGACGCGAGUGGCACGAGGGGAGGAACAUGCCGGUCUCGUGCUUUGGGAUGCGGAGACGAAGCGGUUCUCGCUAGCUCCCGGCGUGCAAGCCUGGCUCUACGUGUCGGCUUUACCAGUGGGUGUUGCACAACAUGUUCUCUCGUGCUAA